CCGUUGGAGACAGACGCGGGCCGAGUCGAGAGAGGAGUCUGCGUAAACACGGCAGUGACGGCGCCUUUAAGGCGGAUAUCGGGACAAUAGCGAUCGUCCGUCGUGUCGAUGUUAAAACGAUGAAUUUAGCUGUCGCGUUUCGACUGGAACUCCUGCUGGUGUGGUUUCACUGUAUAAGAAACACCCCAGGUCAGUUAAACAACCCUCUGACCAAGUACAUCCGCCACUAUGAGGGCCUGUCAUAUGACACAGACAGUCUCCACAGCAAGCACCAGCGAGCCAGAAGGGCAAUCUCCCACCAGGACAGCUUCGUCCACCUUGACUUCCACACCCAUGGAAGACAUUUUAAUCUGAGAAUGAAGAGGGACACCUCCCUGUUCUCGCAUGACUUCAAACUGGAAAUGUCAGGAGUGGAGGAAGAUUAUGACACCUCCCAUAUCUAUACUGGAGAACUCUAUGGUGAGAUGGGCACUCUGACCCAUGGCUCCAUUGUGGACGGCAAGUUUGAGGGCUUCAUCAAGACCCACCAGGGCACCUACUACGUGGAGCCCUCUGAAAGAUACCUGAAAGACCGUGAUGUGCCCUACCACUCUGUCAUCUACCAUGAAGAUGACAUCCAUUAUCCACAUAAGUACGGUGCCCAGGGAGGUUGUGCUGACCGCUCUGUCUUCGAAAGGAUGAAAAAGUACCAGCAAUCUGCAGUGGAGGACCCAAAAGAGGAAACCAGCCAGGCUGUGCUGGAGGAGGAGCCAUCUGAUGGACCACUGAUCCUUCGGAAGAAGAGAGCCACACAGGCAGAGAAGAAUACUUGCCAGCUCUUCAUCCAAACGGAUCACCUUUUCUACAACUUCUAUGGCUCCAGAGAGGCUGUGAUUGCACAGAUUUCCAGCCAUGUUAAGGCAAUUGAUGCCAUAUACCAGAGUACAGACUUCCAGGGUAUUCGUAACAUCAGCUUUAUGGUGAAGAGAAUUCGGAUCAAUACCACAAACGAUGAGCGAGACAAAUCCAACCCAUUCCGCUUUGCCAACAUUGGAGUGGAGAAGUUUCUGGAGCUCAACUCGGAGCAGAACCAUGACGACUAUUGCCUGGCCUAUGUCUUCACAGACAGAGACUUUGAUGAUGGGGUGUUGGGCCUGGCCUGGGUGGGGGCCCCUUCAGGAAGCUCGGGUGGCAUUUGUGAAAAGAGCAAGCAGUACUCUGACGGGAAAAGAAAGUCCCUCAACACUGGCAUCAUCACAGUGCAGAACUAUGCCUCUCACGUCCCACCCAAGGUCUCUCAUAUCACCUUUGCUCACGAGGUUGGCCACAACUUUGGCUCACCACAUGAUUCUGGCAAUGAGUGCACUCCUGGAGAGUCCAAGACACAGGACAUGAAGGAGAGAGGCAACUACAUCAUGUAUGCCAGGGCUACGUCUGGGGAUAAGCUCAACAACAACAAAUUCUCCACCUGCAGUGUGCGCAACAUCAGCCAGGUGCUGGAAAAGAAAAGAGCCUCCUGCUUUGUGGAGUCUGGCCAGCCCAUAUGUGGGAAUGGGCUGGUGGAAGCGGGUGAAGAAUGUGAUUGUGGGUAUAGUGAUCAGUGCAAGGACCAAUGUUGCUAUGAUGCCAACCAACCAGAUGGCCAGAAGUGUAAACUGAAGCCCAACAAAGUCUGCAGCCCCAGCCAGGGCCCCUGCUGCACUUUUGAGUGCACCUUCAAAAGCAGUCAGGAGAAGUGUCGAGAGGAGUCUGACUGUGCCCGUGAGGGCAUGUGUAACGGUAUCUCAGCCCAGUGCCCUGCCUCCGAACCCAAAGCCAACUUAACUGAGUGCCAUGGGGCAACGCAAGUGUGCCUGAAUGGGGUGUGCUCAGGCUCCAUCUGUGAGAAACACAAUCUAGAGGUGUGUACCUGUGCCAGUGUGGAUGGCAAGGAUGAGACAGAGCUGUGCCAUGUCUGCUGCAUGGAGAAAAUGAAGCCAAGUACAUGUAGCAGCACUAGCUCUGAGAAAUGGGCGCACUUCUUCAACAGGAAGGUGAUCACACUACAGCCCGGCUCACCCUGCAAUGACUUCAGGGGCUACUGUGACGUCUUCAUGAAGUGCCGCCUCGUGGAUGCCGAUGGCCCCCUGGCCAGGCUCAAGAAGGCCCUUUUCAAUCCUGAGCUUUAUGAGAACAUUGCAGAGUGGAUUGUGGCUCACUGGUGGGCUGUUCUGUUGAUGGGUAUCGCACUCAUCAUGCUUAUGGCGGGCUUCAUUAAGAUCUGCAGUGUCCACACCCCCAGCAGCAACCCCAAGCUGCCACCACCCAAACCACUUCCAGGAACGCUGAAGCGGAGAAGACCUCAGCACCCGCAGACCCAAGCACAGCCACCACGCCACCACCGCCAGCCCAGAGAAAGCUAUCAGAUGGGCCAAAUGAGACGUUGAGGCAGGCUAUGUCUUGCCUUAGUCCUUCCUAGUGCCUACAGAGGGAAAACUUCACUCCAAAGAAAUACCUGUACCGGUUACUCAUUGAACCCCUACCACAAACUAGAAACAAAGAAAAUAAUAAUUUUAAUGAAAAAGAAAAAAUUAAAUGGACAGUCAGUCCUACAAAGACCACUGCUCUUGGAGCCAGCCAAGCUCACUUGGCCCUUUUUUUUUUUCUUUUUUUUUUUAAAAAAAAAAAAAAAAAAAAAAAAGACUGAUUUCUUUCUCAAAGUUCACAAUGGGCAAAGAGAGAAUCUUUUUUCCCGUGAUCAUGUGAGCUUAUCUUUUUUCCAGCCUUCAAUUUAUUUUUCUUCAUAAUGACAAAAGAGUCAGGGAUGGCAUAGCCUUUGAGCCCUUCUCCUCUUGUCAUUUUUGCUUCUUUCACAAGCAACAGCCACCAUGCAGAAGAGCAGACUGCAGGUGAUGCAUGAGCUUCGGAUGCCAAUCCAGGCAAGAGAUGACUUUGCCAACUUAAUUACCAUAGAAACAAAAACGCAGGCUUUUACUGAGAUGAACACACAUUGCACCCCUUUCAGUGUGCAGAUUGUACAGAGAUCUCAGUAUAGUUUUUUUUUCAUUGUACAUGAGAAGCCAGUCUUUUUUCUGCUGUUUUGAUAAACAUGUUUUAAUUGACACACUCAGGAUAUAUAUAUUAAAAAAAAUCACAGGAAGAAGUGUUGUGAAAUCAGAGUGGACAAUUUCUUGAUUUCCCUGCCUCUUGCCCCCUUCUCUUUUUUUGUGGCUGCAAGUGAGAGCCCAGAAGCCUUUUGUGAUAUUACCAUACUGGGUUGAAUUUUUUUUUUUCCCCCCCCCCAUGUCACAUUACUUAAUGUAUAACAGCUCUUAGGUUGUAAAUUGCACAGAUUAUUGGGAAAAAUGUUUUUAAGUGAAUAAAGAUGGAUAAUUGUGAAUAAAAGCUCAUUUACAGGGGUGAUGGGUGGUAUGUACUUGAGAUAUUGUUGGAGGUAUAAGAAUGUUAGGUGUACUAGGUAAAUUACUGAAAGGCGUUCGGUGGUGUUUUCAGGGUUCUGGGGAGCAGGUUUUUGGGGGAGGUUUGAGUUUCAUUACAUUGGUUUGUGGAUCUUUUUCUUCCUUUUCUUUUUCUGAUACAUUGCUCUGCAAUGACAUCAGCCAAUGAACAACCACUAAGUAUAACAGGUGAUUGAUCACAUGAUUUAGUCAUGCUCACUGUGACAAUGAGUUUGAGAUGACGAGACAAAGACUUCCAGCAGAAGGAGAUGAUGGCUUGCUUUGCACUUUGUCUCACAGCUUGAGGCUCUCUCUACCCUUGUGAGGAUGUGACCUGAGUGAUUAGAGAAGUUUCCACUUCAGGUUCUGAGUGUCGUUAUGCUUCCAGCAGGAUAUGUAAAUUAUGUCCCCAUCGAUCUCUUUUAUGGUUCCUGAACUAUGCUCAGUGGGAAGCAUGGAGCUUUGUAAAACAGGGUAAGAGGUUGGCCAGUCUGCACACACAUUUGACUGAAGUUUCCACAUGCAAUGGAGACAUCCAGUUGUCAUUCAGGAGCCUUUAGUAUUUUUUUUCCUCUUUUUUCCCCUCUCUCUCUCUCACUCUCUCUCACACACACACACAC